AUGGUGCUGCUCCAACCACCAAAAACUGUUUGUUCAUUGAAUUUCCUUCAGACUCUAAAGAUUGCACAAGCUUUGGCUGAUUUAAAACCCAGUUAUGUUCGACUUCCAGGUGGUAAUGAUCUUGCAGGACCUAUUAUUCCUGAACGUUUUAUUUGGAAUAAUACUAUUGGUCUUCUUGUGAAUCGACCAGGUCGAAGAGGAAUAUGGACAGGUUAUAAUACUGAAGGUUUUGGACUCAUUGAAUUGUUAACCUUUGCUGAAGAUAUCGGUGCAACUCCUAUUCUAGUAGUUUAUGCUGGAUAUUCAUUCGAUGGAAAAGCGGUACCACACAAUCAACUUCAACCUUAUAUUGAUGAAGUUGUUAAAGAAUUAGACGUUUUGACGACAUCCGUCAGUGAUAAUAGAAUGGGUGCCUUACGCGCACAUUUAGGUCCUAGUCAACCAUUCAAUAUCAAAUAUGUUGAAAGCGAUAAUGAAGAUUGGAUUGGUCCUACUCCAAGCGCAUAUAGCUAUCGUUGGCCAGCUUUUUAUAAUGUUCUUUCUCAAAAAUAUCCUAAUAUUACUUUUAUUGCAACGACAACUAAAUCUAUUAACUCUCCACCGGCUGUCGAUGAUCAUGAUUAUCAAGUUCCAUUAUUUUUUAUACAAAAUUUUUUUAUCAAUGAUGAUGAUUCAAAAAUCAAUGAUGCAUUUACAACUGGUCGACUCGAUUUUCCGUCAAUUAAAUCUUCUGUUGCUGAAUUAAUCUAUCGAAUUGGAUUUGAACGGAAUUCAGAUAUUAUCAUUGGAGGUUGUUAUGUUCUAGUUCUUCAAAAUAUUGACAAUACACAAUGGACACCAAAUUUAAUUGUCUUUAAUGCUGAUUUAAUUGUUAAAUCAACUUCAUAUCUUGCUCAAAAAAUGUUUGGUGAAAAUCUGGGUAAUAUUAUGCUCAAUUUCACUGCUACUAAUAGUACUAUCACUCAUCAAUUUGUACAAAAAAGAGAAGAAGGAGUCAGUAAAUUUGGUAAUCUUUAUUUUGUUGCAACAAAAUGUACCAAUGAUAAUACACUAAUCGUUAAACUUGCAAGUGUAGAUUCAAAUGAUAUUGCUAUUAAAAUUCAAACACAAGGUUCAACAACAUCUUCUGUAGGUCUUGCUUACAUUUUAACAGCUGGUCCAGAUAUCGUUCCUUCAACAAUUUAUAAUAAUUGGUAUUGUUAA